UCCGCGCCUGCGCAGCGCUGCGCCUGCAUGACGCUACUGAAGCUUCUGUGAAUCUGUGCUGAGCUGCGCCGGAAGCUAGCAGGCAGCUCGCGUUAACCGGACCGGGACACCGGCCGGCGGAACCGAAACAUCAGGAUUCCAGCGGAUUAAACUGACGGAUCGAGUAGUGUUGCAGGAUCUGGACUUUAUCUGCAGUUAUCAGUGGCGUGGUUUGGGGUCGAGUGGGCGUGGCUUGUAAAUGAGGGCAGUGGUUUGGAUUUUCUUAUCAUCUCAGCAGGACCGGUAGAACAGAAACCUUAUUUGUAAUAUUUCAAGCUGUCUCGCCAUCCUGCUGUGGCUCUGUGGAAAAGCAGUGGGUGGAGUCAGGCUCAGACUCAGGCUGUCAUUGGCUGAGGGUGAUGAGUGGGCUGACGGGGGCGCAUGGGCGGCGGAGCGGAGGGCGUGACAGGGGGCGUGGCAUGGAUUCGACAUGCUGGUUCGCCCCUAGCGUCCUGCGGCGCCUGUUCGAGUUGCCGGCGCCGGUUCUGUCCCGUCAUCAGCUGAAGCGUCUGGAGGAGCAUCGCUACAGCAGCUCGGGUCGUUCGCUACUCGAACCCGCCAUGCAGCGCUACUGGGAGUGGCUCGUCCGCAGAAUGCCUCCCUGGAUCGCCCCCAAUCUCAUCACCAUCGUCGGCCUGGCGACCAACAUCUUCACCACGCUGGUGUUGGUGUAUUACUGCCCAACUGCAACUGAGCAGGCUCCUCUGUGGGCGUAUCUUCUGUGUGCUGUUGGUUUGUUUGUCUAUCAGUCGUUGGAUGCGAUUGAUGGAAAACAGGCCAGACGCACUAACAGCAGUUCUCCACUGGGGGAGCUGUUUGACCACGGCUGUGAUUCGCUUUCCACAGUGUUUGUGGCACUGGGCACCAGUAUAGCCGUACAGUUGGGAACUCACCCUGACUGGAUGUUUUUCUGCUGUUUCUCGGGAAUGUUUAUGUUUUAUUGUGCUCACUGGCAGACGUACGUCUCUGGUACCCUGCGAUUCGGCAUUAUUGAUGUGACAGAAGUUCAGAUCUUCAUCAUUCUCCUGUAUUUACUGGCUGCUGUGGGUGGAUCGGCUUUCUGGCAGUCACCGGUUCCCGUAAUAAACAUCCAGAUGAAAAUAGUUCCAGCUCUUUGCACAUUUAUGGGCGUUAUUUUCUCAUCUGCCCAUUACUUCAAAAUCAUAUUCACAGGCGGCGUGGGGAAAAACGGAUCCACUAUAGCUGGCACGAGUGUGUUAUCUCCUGUCCUGCACAUCGGCUCUGUCAUCGUCCUCGCCAUGAUGAUUUAUAAAAAAUCUACAGUCCAGCUCUUUGAGGAACAUCCGUGUCUUUAUAUUUUGGCCUUUGGCUUCGUCUCUGCUAAAAUCACAAAUAAACUGGUGGUGGCUCAUAUGACUAAAAGUGAAAUGCACUUUUAUGAUGUGGCGUUUCUGGGUCCUGCCCUGUUAUUUCUAGAUCAAUAUUUCAACAGUUUUAUUGAUGAAUAUCUGGUGUUGUGGAUUGCUCUGAUUCUGUCUCUAUUCGAUCUGGUGCGUUAUUGCAUCAGCGUCUGUAAUGAGAUCGCCUCUCAUCUGCGCAUCUGCGUCUUUAAAAUCAAGCUGCAGAGUUCAGCGUCCGUCGAGUGACCUCAGAGGAAACAUCAUCCUUCUGCACUUUCAUCCCGUUACUGUACGUCUGCUAAGAACAAAAGAGAUUAUUUACAUCAUUCUGAGAUUAAUGUAGUUUACUGAACAAAAGAUGAAUGAAUGAAAUGACUCAAAGAAUGAAUGAAUUUAUUUUCAGGCCAGGUCACUUUUCUUUAGAUUGUUAUUUUAAGUUUAUAAUAGAGAUAGAGAGUUUGUUACCCAUAAUGCCUUGCUCUGUAUUUUUGUUUUAACGCUGCAUGUGACUCUUCGUAGUUUAGAUCAAUUAUUGUCUCUCACAUUCAUAACCUGCUGCUGCUAAUAAUAAUAAUAAUAAUAUUUACUCUCUCUAUGUUGUUAUUUGAUGCACUUCAUGAAUCAGGUCAGAUUUUUCUCCGAGCAGCUGAUAUCAGACAGAUGUGUUUUAUUGUUAAAAUAACUACUUUAUUGUUUCUCAGUCUGAUGUUUAAAGGAUACGACAGAAGCGUGACAUUGAGUUUUAGAUUUAAAGCACUUCAUUUUUUCUUUCUUCAGACAGAAACUUUAUUAACAUUGAUCAUAGUUGCAUCAUAUUUCACUUCAAAAACAAAAGAAAACAUUUUGCAAACAAACAUUUUCAUCAUUUCUGUAAUACUAAAGCACACUUGGCCCUCAAAUCUCAUUGUUAUAAUGUAAUGAAAUAUUUAAAAAGUGUUUAUUUGCUCAUUAUAAUAGUCACACUUUUAAUCAUCAUAAAUUCAUCUUCAUUAUUUUUGAGGUGUAAUAUGAUCGCACAUUGAUCAGAUUUGAGAUUCUGCUUCACUUUAUUUUAUGUGAGAUGAUAAAAGAUGUUUAAAUUGUUAAUGUUAAGGGUGAACUUGUUACAGUAUCAUAAUGUUGAAAAGUAUUUAGACGUUAUAUAAGUCAGAUUUUGAAUGAUUGAUUUGAGUUACACGGCAGGAAUUAUGGCAAUACAAACAUAUAUAUUUUUUUAAAUCCUGAAAUGAUCAUGAUUAAAGUUACAUCUGGAAUCAGACUUAAAAUCAGAUUUGUCUUGAGCAGUUAUUAAACUCAUGAGAUCACUAGUUAAAGUAAUAACCGUGUGAAUUCUGUCAAGAGUCCAUUUGUAAAUGAUUUGUUCGGAUGUGAAUGUUUGCCUUAAACUCUGAGAGGUGAAUAUUUUGGUCUUUUGCAUGUAGUUUUGGUUUCCUUACUGAGUUUGUUUUUGCUAAAUGUCCUCUCAGGCAGUUUACAUAAUGUAAAAAUAUGUAAAUGUUAGUUUGUAGAACAGCUUGAUGCUGCCCCCAGAAAACUGAUGUUUAUAUGACGUCUGAAAACAUGUUACUGUUAAGAAUGAAUGCUCUUUUAUUUACAGAUUAUGAUGAAGAUUUGACUCACACAUAAUGUGUUUUAUUUUUUUACUCAUAAACUCUUCACGUCAUACAAUGAAAUUGUCUGCCAGUUUAACAAUUGUUGUCAAAUCUAGUAUGAGAGUUUCAGUAUGUUUGUGUUGUAUUCAUCUCUUACAGUAUCAGAUUGCAUUCACACUUCAUUUAGAAAUCUGGUUUCAUUUUGUUAGACUUUGCUUGUUGCCAAAUAUUUGACAUUUUCCACUUUUAAACACUCAAUGAUGGAAAGUUUAAUUUCUGAGAUGUCAAAUCGUCUGUUUCUAAAUCAUAACAAACUGUUUGAUUUUAACAUUGCUCAGAUUUUUUUGAAUAAAAGCACCUGUAAAAUAAA